AUGGCCUCCGACGGUCCUGUCGCGACUAGCAGCAGCGGCGUGAUGCCUGCUGACGUGGAUAAGGCAGUUGACGAGAUUCUCGUGUACUGGUUCGGUGUCUUCAUGGCGCCUGAGUAUGCUGGCCCAGCACCAGAAGACGAUGCCGUGGCAUCCAAGCAAUCCCUUUGGUUCCGCAAAGAUGCUGACGUGGACGCUUUUAUCCGCGCUAGAUUCGCUCCCCUCAUCCCACUAGCUGCGUCAGGCCAGCUGGCAGGCUGGGAAGACACGCCACAUGGCGCGCUGGCAUUGGUCGUGCUGCUGGACCAGUUCACGAGGAACAGCCUCAGGGGAUCGCCUGACUCCUUCGCUCAGGACGCUUUGGCCUGUGAAGUCGCAAAAAGGGCCAUAGCCAAGGGAUUCAACAAGCAAUUUCACCUUCGUAUCCGGUCCUUCUUUUACAUGCCCUUUAUGCAUUCAGAAGACCUAGCAGACCAAGACAUGUGUGUGCAGCUGCUGUCGGAGUCGGUAGAAGAGGCACCAGAAGGCCCGCUCAAGGACUCCCUGUCCGGGUGGGUGGGCUUCGCUCACAAGCACCGUGACAUCAUUGUCAAGUUUGGCCGGUUCCCUCACCGCAACGAGGUGCUGGGGAGGGAGAGCACAGCGGAAGAGGUGGAGCACGUGGCAACUCACGGGACGAUUGCCUGGACUAUUAUUGGCGUGGUGCUUCUGCUGCUAGUCCUCGUCUGCUGCUCCCUCGCCAUUCAAGUCCCUGGCAACUCCUUCACCGUCGAUCUGAAUCCCAACGCUUUUGUUGAACCACUGAGCGAACGCUUCAAAACCACAGCUGACUUGCAAUCGGAAAAAGCCGGUUCCGCAACUGAAGUGACAAAAAUGGCUACUUUCCCUGACGUGGUGGUGGUGGGAGGCGGCCUCGCGGGCCUGUCUGCGGCCGUGGAAGUCGUCAAGCGAGGUGGAUCCGUCCUCGUCCUCGAAAAGAGCGAGCGGCUCGGCGGUAACUCUGGCAAGGCGAGCUCUGGAAUGAACGCUGCUCGCAGCGGACCCCAGCUCGCCAGUGGCAUCGAGGACAAGCUGGAGGAUUUCGCCAAGGACACCGAGAAGUCCGGCAAGGGCCUGUCGGACAUGGCGCUGGUGGACGUGAUCGUGAAGCAGAGCGCGGACGCCGUCGCGUUCCUCGAAGGCUUCCAGAUCGACCUCUCCAGCAUCGCGCAGCUGGGCGGCCACUCGCAUCCGCGCACGCACAGGUCCAAGCCCGACGGCAAGCCCAUGAACAUUGGUUUCCGCAUCAUGUCCGUGCUCAUCAAAUACGUCGAGGCUCUCCCUGCCGAUAAGGCCAAGGUGGUGAAGCAGGCGCGGGUGACCGAGCUUCUCACAGACGACACCGGCGCCGUCACCGGCGUCAAGUACGAGACCCCCGCGGCUGACGGCUCGGGCAGCAAGGAGGAGACGGAGGUGAAGGCGUCCGCAGUCAUCCUCGCAACAGGCGGCUACUCCGCAGACAAGGCCGAGGGGGGCCUGCUGGACCAGCACACGCCCAAGCUGCGCAACCUGGCGACCACCAACGGUCCCUUCGCGACGGGCGAUGGCGUGCGACUGGGAUUGGGUGCGGGCGCGGGGCUGAUUCACAUGGACCAGGUGCAGCUGCACCCGACGGGGUACGUGGACCCCAAGGACCCGCGCAACCCCGUCAAGUUCCUCGCGCCCGAGGCCCUGCGCGGAUGCGGCGGGAUCCUGCUCAACGAGAAGGGCGACCGCUUCGUCAACGAGCUCACCACCAGGGACGCGGUGGUCGAGGCGAUUCUGAAGUACUGCGGCCCGCUGCCCGAGGUGCCAGACGCGCCAGCAGGGGGCGCGGACAUGCCGGCCGUGUCGUACCUGAUUCUGAACCAGGAGGCCAUCAACAAGUUCGACCCGCUCUCGUGCCAGUUCUACAUCGGCAAGGGGCUCAUCCGCAAGUUUGAGAGCGUCGAGGCAUUGAGCGAGGGCACCAAGCUGCCAGCAGCCAACGUGAAGGCUGCUCUGGAUUCGUACGGCCACCACGAUGCAGAGAAGGGCGAUCCCUUCGGCAAGACCGUCUUCCCUGUGCUCUUCAACACCUCCGAGCCCCCGCUCUAUGUGGCCAUCAUCACGCCGUCGCUGCACUACUGCAUGGGAGGGCUCAAGUUUGACACCAGCGGCCGCAUUCUCAAGGAGGAUGGCUCGGCCAUUCCAUGCCUCUUCGGCGCCGGCGAAGUGACAGGUGGGCUGCAUGGAGCAAACCGUCUGGGUGGCAACUCCCUGCUGGAGUGUGUGGUGUAUGGCCGCGUGGCUGGCAUCAGUGCCUUUGACCGCAUUGGUAAAUCUGCUGUUUAG